GGACGCCGGAAGCGCGCUUUCCCAACGUGCCGCCCGUCUCCUCGCGCGAAGCUUCAGCUCUCGCGAGAAGGGCCUUGCGCGAGUCGCGGAACCAAUGGCGUUUCCGGCGCCGGGAUUCAAACGUUCGCGGGCGCUGAGGACGAGUGCGGGGCUCGUCCAUGGAUCUGAUCCGGGGCUUCUGCGGGAAGCUGCGGUCUCUGGCCGUUACCCUGGAUAGCGAGACGGCCCGGCUGCAGCGAGCGCUGGACGGAGAGGACAGCGACUUUGAAGAUUAUCCAAUGAGAGUUUUACAUGACCUUCAUUCAGAAGUCCGGACUCUAAAGGAUGAUGUCAAUAUUCUUCUUGAUGAAGCAAGCUUGGAAAGUCAAGACAGCAUUGGUUUCAUAAAGGCAACAAAAGUACUGAUGAAAAAAAAUUCAAUGGAUAUCAUGAAAAUAAGAGAGUUUUUCCAGAAGUAUGGAUAUAAUCCACGUGCCAAGGAGAAUUCAGUGGAUGAGCAAGAAGUCAUUGACUCUAAACCAGAGUCCAAUAAACGUGAAAAUCCUGAGAAGCCUGAUGUGGAGGGGGAUUCGUUGGAUUCUGCUCUUCCAAGCAGUUCUGUUUCUGAGAAGCCUCCGCGUAGCCCACAACUUUCCGAUUUUGGACUUGAGCGGUACAUGAUAUCCCAAGUUCUGCCAAACCCUCCCCGGGCAGUAAACAACGAGAAGGAAGAGCCCAAAAUUUCAACUCCAUUUUCCAAACGGCCACUAGUAAAAACUCCCAAAUGUGCACUGAAGAUGGAUGAUUUUGAGUGUGUGACUCCUAAAUUAGAACACUUUGGUAUCUCUGAAUAUACUGUGUGUUUAAAUGAAGAUUACACAAUGGGACUUAAAAAUGUGAAGAAUAACAGUGAGGAGGCCAUAGAAACAGAACCAGUGAACAACAAUAAUUUCUUUGCCACUCCUGGCCCCAUAACCCAGCCAUUGGAAGAAAAUGAUGCCGAGCAUACACAUUCUCCCGUGGCACCUACAUUCUGCACUCCUGGUUUGAAAAUCCCUUCUACAAAGAACAGCACAGCUUUGGUUUCCACAAAUUAUCCAUUAUCAAAAACAAAUAGUUCGUCGAAUGACUUGGAAAUGAAAGACAGUACAUCGUUAGUUGUAAAUUCAGACGAGUGCUUUGAGAAUUUUGCAGAUCCCUCUUCUCCUACGAUUUCUUCUUAUGAGAAUCUGCUCAGAACACCUACACCUCCAGAAGUAACUACAAUUCCAGAAGAUAUUCGCCAGAUUUUAUCAAAGUACAACUCAAACCUAGCUACUCCGGUAGCAGUUAGAAAAGUGCCACCCAGCAAAGUGUUCCUUCGUCGGUGUGAAGGACAGGACGUCCGAGACGCUGGCAACAGAGAAACUGGUGAAAAAACUGUAGUGGAUCCAUCCUUCCAUUAUAGAAACUGAACAGAACGAGAUGAAAGCAAAUCUGCUCUUACUUUGUUUUCCACACUCCCCGACAUCGCUCUGCUUUUGAAAAUCCAACUCAUCUUAAAGAUGAGCACGGACACUGAUGUCAUAAAAUGCUUUUCACUGAGAUUGAUUUAGUCUAACCUCAGUCUGGUUGACGUGUAGUUCAGUUACUCAGUUUUGAAAGAUCAUUACUAUUUCACUGAUUUCACAUUACCCUGCCUAAUGGAAGAGUAUGGUUUAAGUAAUAUUAGGAAGCAGGAUAAAUAAUUUUUGAAAUUUAAACGUGACUGUUUGCUACUCAGAUAAGGCCACUUUCAGUCUUCUUGGGCUAGACACUCGUUGCUAGACCUGGCCUUCUUCCUUGGGUCUAGCUCUGCCCCUCUGUCUCCUCUCAUGACUAUCCCAAGUCUUUUACACCUUUUAUUUCAACAAUGCUCUUUUGAGGCACUAUUCUUUACAAAUGACAGCUGAAAUUAAUUUAGGAAGAGAGGCAUUUACAGGCCUAGGGAACUAUACUGAAGUAGACGUCUCGGACAUU